GGUUUGAUUGGUCAAGCUUUCUAUCAAUGGAUGAUGCGAUACACUUUGGAGUGUGCUUCUACCCCGGCCACAUCUGCUGAUUUACGGUCCUCUGUGCUGACAUCUCCGUUGAGACUUACUAUCAUUGGUACACUCAGCUUUGUUCUGGGUGAAGCGAUUGGUGCCACGCUGAACCUGCUGGGUGUCGAUGUGGAUAGGAGCCUCUCAAUGGCUCGGAUCUAUUGCGAUCACCACCAAUGGGUGCACUCCUCCACCUCUGUUGAGGCAUCUUACGCUCGUAUCACUGGAGCACUAUUUGGUUUAGCUGGCGCCUUAAGCUUUCGGCCCUUGACAGUUCGCAACGUGAAGCCUCCACCUAUAACUGUUAAACGUGUCAUCUUUCCCUGCAUCAUGUGUAUUAUUGUCUGCUACUAUUGGCAGAGAUGCGUCUCCUUCAUAGCCCCUUUCUUCAAAUGUCUCCUUGGAUACAUUCCCCUGAGAACAGAGGCAUCAUUCCUCUUCUACAUGGGUAUAAUAGGCGCUAGCUGCCCUAUUAUCGUGGCUCUAUUUUUCUCAAGUCUUCUUGAUCAACUUGUUCACUGCAAGGCCUCGAUGUGCAACACUUCCAAGCAUAACACAAAUGUGGAUUUCUCUAGGCAAGGUUCCCAGGCUUCUACAAGAAGUCGACGCUCACACUCGCGAUCGCAACGUUGA